UAUAUGUGGCAACUAGCAAGUCAUUGAUUUCACAAAGAAGGUUGUCUUCCAGACAGUUCCUAACAAUCGGUUACAUUAUACUGUUUUUUUUUUGUACUUAUCUCCGGUGACCGUGUUUCUGCCGGUGAUCGUUUCUCCGCGUCUUCACAAACUCUCUCACUUUUCAAUUUGUAUCGUUUUGAAGUUAGGAGCUGUUACUAAUGGCGAAGCAGAAACAGAACAACACUAUUUUUGUGCACUUGCUGAUUCUCUUCCUCUCUCUUUCUUCUCUCUCGGUGUCAGCAACAACAGUUGUAUCUCUCUUGCAAAAUUAUGGGAAACCCAUUUUCAGAUCAAACUUUCACACUAUUUAUGACACUUCAAACUAUGGUCUUCUUCAGCUCAGUAAUGGAUUGGCUCUAACGCCUCAAAUGGGAUGGAACAGCUGGAACUUCUUUGCAUGCAAUAUCAAUGAAACGGUUAUUAAGGAAACAGCUGAUGCACUGAUAUCAACGGGGUUGGCUGAGUUAGGUUAUGUGUACGUCAAUAUAGAUGAUUGUUGGUCUUCUGCGACAAGAAAUUCGAAGGGUGACCUAGUCCCUGAUCGUAAGACGUUUCCAUCAGGAAUCAAAGCACUUGCCGAUUAUGUGCAUCGAAAGGGACUCAAACUUGGCAUAUAUUCUGAUGCCGGGGCUUUUACAUGUCAAGUCCGACCAGGAUCAAUCUUCCACGAAACUGAUGAUGCAGAUUUAUUUGCCUCUUGGGGCGUAGAUUAUUUGAAGUAUGACAAUUGUUUCAAUCUGGGCAUCCCUCCAAAAAAACGGUAUCCACCUAUGCGUGAUGCCCUCAAUGAAACUGGACGUACAAUUUUCUAUUCAAUCUGUGAAUGGGGUGUUGACGACCCUGCUUUAUGGGCAGGCAAGGUCGGUAAUAGUUGGCGCACAACUGAUGACAUUAAUGAUACAUGGGCUAGCAUGACAACUAUUGCUGAUCUUAAUGACAAGUGGGCUGCAUAUGCAGGUCCUGGAGGAUGGAAUGACCCAGAUAUGUUGGAAGUUGGCAAUGGUGGCAUGACUUACCAAGAAUACCGUGCUCACUUCAGCAUCUGGGCUUUAGCAAAGGCUCCUCUAUUGGUUGGUUGUGACAUAAGGAAUAUGACUGCUGAAACACGGGAGAUUUUAACCAAUAAAGAAGUCAUUGCUAUAAAUCAAGACUCACUUGGAGUUCAGGGAAGAAAAGUUCAAGUUUCUGGAAUAAAUGAUUGCAGUCAGGUCUGGGCAGGUCCUUUAUCAGGAAGCCGUUUGGCGGUUGCUCUGUGGAAUCGAUGCUCAAAAGUUGCGACUAUAACAGCUUCAUGGGAAGCACUUGGGCUUGAAUCUGGAAUUCAUGUUUCUGUGAGGGAUUUGUGGCAGCACAAGGUAAUAAAUGGAGAUGCAGUGUCAUCAUUCAGUGCUCAAGUUGAUUCUCAUGAUUCUAAAUUGUACAUUUUCACUCCAUCUACAGCAUCUUACUCUCUAAAGUAGCUCAUACUUCACCCAUCUAUGAUGGGUUUUGCUCCAUCUGUUAAUCCAAAAUGGCCAUGACAGCAUCUUCACCUAUGUAAUAGCCAUCCAACAAACUGCUUGGUUAUUUUCUAUUUAUUUUUUUCCAAGUCAUUGUUGGUUAGAUACUCAGACAAUGAGAAAUCAAGUUCUUCUAUCUGUAAUAAAUUGUGUAAUAUAUAUAUGAUGGUGUGCCAACUCAUGAAUCAUGAUCAUGAUUUCUUCCAAAAUGUGCCCCUCGAUGGAUUUAUGA